AGAAUACAAAUGUGAGUUAAUCUAAGAUGGCGUAGAAAGCCAUGCGCAUGAUGAGGUGGUGAACCUCACUCUUCUUCCCUUUCCCUUUUUAACAUAACAGAAAUAUACACACAAAUACAAAACUUGGUCUAAGCUCUUUCGACUCGAGUGGGUCCCGCAGUCGCUACACUCAAUCAAUCUAUCAAUCCGACGCCGUUUAUGUUCUUCGAGUUCCAGCUAUGGCGGAAUCAUCAUCUUCCACCACUCAUGCUUUCAGAGAUAAUUUAUGGAAAGGCAUUUUCGCUGUUUCCGGAAUCAUGCUUACCCUCGUUACCUAUGGCGUCUUACAGGAAAAGAUCAUGAGAAUACCAUAUGGAGUAGAAAAGGAGUAUUUCAAGUAUUCACUCUUUCUUGUUUUCUGCAACCGGAUCAUGACGUCUGCUGUUUCUGCUGGUUCUUUGCUGGCAAGUAAAAAAGCAUUGGACCCAGUGGCUCCCAUUUAUAAGUAUGGCCUUGUAUCAGUAUCAAACAUACUAACCACAACUUGUCAGUAUGAGGCCCUCAAGUAUGUUAGUUUUCCUGUUCAGACUCUUGCGAAGUGUGCGAAAAUGAUACCAGUUAUGGUCUGGGGUACAAUUAUCAUGCAGAAGAGGUAUAAGGGACCUGACUAUUUGUUGGCUUUUUUAGUUACCCUUGGCUGCUCAGUAUUUAUCCUAUAUCCGGCAGGAACAGACCUAAGUCCAUACAGCAGAGGAAGGGAAAAUACAGUUUGGGGCGUUCUUCUAAUGGGUGGCUAUCUUGGGUUUGAUGGCUUUACAAGCACAUUCCAAGAUAAGAUGUUUAGAGGCUAUGACAUGGAGAUACAUAAUCAGAUAUUUUAUACAACAUUGUGUUCUUGUAUUCUUAGUCUGACAGGUCUUAUUGUACAAGGACAAAUGAUACUAGCAGUAGAGUUUGUGUACCGGCAUCAUGAUUGUUUCUUUGACAUAGCAUUACUUUCGACUGUUGCAACAAUAAGCCAAUUUUUCAUUUCCUACACAAUUCGCACUUUUGGUGCUCUGACAUUUGCUACCAUAAUGACCACCAGACAGCUGGUGAGCAUUAUGCUGUCCUGUGUGUGGUUUUCCCAUCCUCUUAGCUGGGAGCAGUGGAUUGGAGCAGUCAUUGUCUUCGGCUCCCUUUAUGCAAAAAGUUUCUGGAAGAAAGCGCCUCAGAAGACAACAUCACCUCAGAAGACAACAUCCCCAACAUCCACAGUAGAGCUUGUUCAAAAUGAGGAAUCGAAUAAUUUGAAGGACAACCCCUGACUAAGAUAGAGUUAAAGAAUACUGACCUUACACCUGACAAUGUCUGAAGGGAUUCAGUUUUAACUUCAAGAGGUGCACAUUCAGUCUUAUACAAAGAUGGUUUGACUUAAAUUCAGACAACUUAAAUUCAGACAGCACCAAGUGCAGCUAGAUUCCUGGAUUUUGACAUCACUGUCAUAACAAUAGAGAACUUGAAAAGGAUGUUGUUAACCCCACAUUUUUCCUCAGGGGAGAUCAAUUUUGGACCUUACUAAAGCCAAAAGAUGUUUAAUGAUUGAGAUAUGUAUAAUGCGUUGCUCAAGCAAAGUUGUUUUUGUUCAGUUUUUCAGAUGUGUUGGAGGGAAAGAUGGAAGGUUUGUGCUAAUUUUUGGGGUCAAUUAUUUACUUAAUUUAAUAUCAUUAUUGGCAAUUUA